AUGCGUCGGCAGCGUGGCUGUGGAGAGUCUGGAGCAGGUAAAACUGAGAACACGAAGAAAGUAAUUCAGUACUUUGCUCUCGUGGCUGCCAGCUUGGCUGGAAAAGAAAAGAAAAAGGAAGAAGAAAAGAAGAAAGAUGAGAAGAAAGGAACCCUUGAAGAUCAGAUCGUACAGUGCAACCCUGUACUUGAGGCUUACGGAAACGCCAAGACCACCCGUAAUAACAACUCCUCUCGAUUCGGUAAAUUUAUCCGUAUCCACUUCGGCACACAAGGUAAAAUUGCCGGUGCUGAUAUUGAAACCUGUAAGUCAAACAUUUUUUCAUACUUUGUAAAUAUCUAUCUAUCUAUCUAUCUAUCUAUCUAUCUAUCUGUCCAUAUAUCAGUCAGUUUAUAUCUACCUCUGUUCAUAUCUAUCUAUCUAUCUAUCUAUCUAUCUAUCUAUCUAUUAACUACAGCCUAUUUGCUGGAGAAAUCCCGUGUCACCUUCCAGCAGUCCGCAGAAAGGAACUACCACAUCUUCUAUCAGCUUCUCUCACCUGCUUUCCCCGAACUCAUCGAGAAAAUCCUCGCCGUUCCCGACCCCGGUCUUUAUGGAUUCAUCAACCAGGGUGCCCUUACCGUUGAUGGUAUUGAUGAUGAGGCUGAGAUGAAACUCACCGAUACCGCUUUUGACGUCUUGGGCUUCAGUGAUGAUGAGAAACUCUCCAUGUACAAAUGUACUGGUUGUAUCCUUCACUUGGGCGAGAUGAAAUGGAAGCAGAGAGGUGAACAGGCUGAGGCUGAUGGUACAGCUGAGGCUGAAAAGGUCGCUUUCUUGUUGGGUGUCAAUGCUGGUGACUUGUUGAAAUGCUUGUUGAAACCCAAGAUCAAGGUCGGCACUGAGUAUGUAACCCAGGGUCGUAACAAGAACCAGGUCACCAACUCCAUCGCUGCCUUGGCUAAGUCUCUGUACGAUCGUAUGUUCAACUGGCUGGUCAAGAGAGUCAACCAGACUCUUGAUACCAAAGCCAAGAGGCAGUUCUUCAUCGGUGUACUGGAUAUCGCCGGUUUUGAAAUCUUUGACUUCAACAGUUUCGAACAGUUGUGUAUCAACUACACUAACGAGAGGUUGCAGCAAUUCUUCAACCAUCACAUGUUCGUACUUGAGCAGGAAGAGUACAAGAAGGAAGGCAUUGUUUGGGAAUUUAUUGAUUUUGGUCUUGAUCUGCAAGCUUGUAUUGAGCUGAUCGAGAAGCCAAUGGGUAUCUUGUCCAUCCUUGAAGAAGAGUGCAUGUUCCCUAAAGCCAGCGAUACUUCCUUCAAGAACAAAUUGUAUGACAACCAUCUUGGCAAGAACCCAAUGUUUGGCAAGCCCAAACCACCAAAGGCAGGCUGUUCCGAGGCUCACUUCGCUUUGCAUCAUUAUGCUGGCAGUGUGUCUUAUAACAUUGAGGGUUGGUUGGACAAAAAUAAGGAUCCAAUCAAUGAAAACGUCGUCGAACUGUUGCAAAGCUCUAAGGAACCCAUCGUAAAGAUGUUGUUCACACCCGUCGAGGAUCCAGCACCUACUGGCGGUAAGAAGAAGAAGGGCAAGUCUGCUGCCUUCCAGACCAUCUCUUCUGUCCACAAGGAAUCCUUGAACAAGCUUAUGAAAAACUUGUACAGUACCCACCCUCACUUCGUCCGCUGUAUCAUUCCUAAUGAGCUUAAGACGCCAGGUCUUAUUGAUGCUGCUCUUGUGUUGCAUCAGCUCCGCUGUAACGGUGUACUUGAAGGUAUCCGUAUUUGCCGUAAAGGUUUCCCCAACAGGAUCAUCUACUCUGAGUUCAAGCAGAGAUACUCCAUUCUGGCCCCCAACGCUAUCCCAGGUGGUUUCGCUGACGGCAAAGUGGUUACUGACAAGGUCUUGAGCGCUCUCCAACUGGACCCCAAUGAAUAUCGUUUGGGUAACACCAAAGUCUUCUUCAAAGCUGGUGUCUUGGGUAUGCUUGAAGACAUGCGUGACGAACGUUUGUCCAAGAUCAUCUCCAUGUUCCAGGCUCACAUCCGUGGUUACCUCAUGAGGAAAGCCUACAAGAAGCUGCAAGACCAGCGUGUUGGCUUGACUCUCAUCCAACGUAACAUCAGGAAAUGGCUGGUAUUGAGGAACUGGGAAUGGUGGAGGCUUUUCAACAAGGUUAAGCCUCUUCUGGGUAUUGCUCGUCAAGAGGAAGAGAACAAGAAGGCCCAAGAAGAGUUCGCUAAGAUGAAGGAAGAAUUCGCUCGCUGCGAACAAAUGCGUAAGGAACUUGAGGAACAGAACACUGUCCUCAUGCAACAGAAGAAUGAUUUGAUCAUUUCUAUGUCAUCUGGCGAGGACGCAUUGGGCGAUGCUGAAGAGAAGAUUGAACAGCUCAUCAAACAGAAGAGCGAUUUUGAAUCUCAGCUCAAAGAACUCGAAGACAAGCUCAUGGAUGAGGAAGACGCAGCUGCUGAAUUGAGUGCCCAGAAAAAGAAAUCUGAUGCCGAAAUCAACGAACUUAAGAAGGAUGUCGAAGAUCUCGAAGCUGGUUUGGCCAAGGCUGAACAAGAGAAAACUACCAAAGACAACCAGAUCAAGACCCUUCAAGAUGAGAUGGCUCAGCAAGACGAACAUAUCUCCAAGUUGAACAAAGAGAAAAAGAACCUUGAAGAAGUGCAGAAGAAGACUCUGGAGGACUUGCAGGCUGAGGAGGACAAAGUCAACCACUUGAGCAAACUGAAGACCAAACUCGAACAGACCCUUGAUGAACUUGAGGAUAACCUUGAGCGUGAGAAGAAGAUCCGCGGUGAUGUCGAGAAAGCCAAGCGUAAGGUUGAACAGGACCUCAAGACCACCCAGGAAACAGUUGAGGAUCUGGAACGUAUCAAGAGGGAUCUUGAGGAUUCCGGCAGAAAGAAGGAUAUGGAAAUUAACGGUCUCAACUCCAAACUUGAAGAUGAACAGAAUCUUGUAGCUCAACUCCAGAAGAAAAUUAAAGAACUCCAGGCCCGAAUUGAAGAACUCGAGGAAGAACUCGAAGCUGAACGCCAAGCCAGAACCAAGGUAAGUUUCUCUCUUCCUGAUAUACUACCCUCAUCCUCGUCCCUAAGCUUCCUCGGUUUGUUCUCGAAAGACUCCGCCCUUGGCAAUUUUCUCGCUCUCUGCCCCUCUCUUUCCACCUCUCUCUACCUCUCCUCUUUUAUUUCCUCUCCCUCUCAUCCUUUCUCUUCGACUUUCUGUCUCUCUCCGUCACUUUUGAUCUUUACUUCUCUCUGCCUUUCUCCUUACCUAUUUUCUUUUUUCCUUUCUAUUUACCUCUUUCUUUCGCUCUCUCUUAAUUUCUCUUUUCUUUCUCUUUACCCCUUUCAUUCUCUUUUCUUUCUCUUUACCCCUUUCAUUCUCCUUUCUUUCUCUUUAUCCCUUUCAUUCUCCUUUCUUUCUCUUUAUCCCUUUCAUUCUCCUUUCUUUCUCUUUACCCCUUUCAUUCUCCUUUCUUUCUCUUUAUCCCUUUCAUUCUCUUUUCUUUCUUUCAUUUUCUCCUCCUUUCUUUCUCUUUAUCCCUUUCAUUCUCCUUUCUUCCUCUUUAUCCCUUUCAUUCUCCUUUCUUCCUCUUUAUCCCUUUCAUUCUUUUUUCUUCAUCCUUUCAUUUCUUUCUCUUUUAUCCCUUUCAUUCUCUUCACCUAUUUCUUUCUCUUUACCCCUUUCUCUCUCUUUCCUUUCUCUUUACCCCUUUCUCUCUCUUUCCUUUCUCUUUACCUCUUUCCUUUCUCUUUACCUCUUUCCUCUCUCUUUACCUCUUUCCUUUCUCUUAAUCCAUUUCUCUCUCUUUUCUUUUACUUUAUCCUUUCUUUUCUCCCUCUCUCUUCUCUUUUUUCUUUAAUCCCCUCUCUCUCUCUCUCUUUCUUUCGGAAAUUAAAUAUAUUACUUAUUUCUGUGUACAUCCUAUCUAUCUAUCUAUCUAUCUUACUCCAUCAACAGCUGUUUGUAAAGUUUAUAGCGUAUAAUGAUCUACCAACAAGCUAUAGUGACAUCUGGAGAAAAAGAAGAAAAGCAAAUCAGUCCUACCGCCUACAAUCUUCUUUUUUUCCUUCAUCGUUGCCACUAUCGUCCCCCAUCUCCUCCCGCUCCACCCCACUACGCACUCCCAGACCCACAUUCCGACUCCCCUUACUACUUCUGGAAGUCCUUCUUUAUGCUUUUCCCCCUGAACCCACAGUUGUUAAAAAAACAAACACGGAAGAGCGAAGAGUUUCUUCAGUUGGAAGGGAGGGGAGGGCACUGGCACGUGCCGUUGAGAAACAACGCACAGAGCUCAGCCGUGAAUUGGAAGAACUUGGUGAACGUUUGGAUGAAGCUGGCGGAGCCACAGCUGCUCAGAUGGAACUCAACAAGAAACGCGAACAGGAGCUUUUGCGCCUGCGUCGUGAUCUUGAAGAAAGUAACAUGCAACACGAAUCCCAAAUCGCUACUCUCCGCAAAAAGAAUCAGGAAGCUACAAAUGAACUCGGUGACCAAAUUGACCAGCUCCAGAAGGUGAAGAGCAGACUCGAGAAAGAGAAAUCUCAACUGAGGGGUGAAUUGGAUGACCUCCAGAGCCAGAUCGAACACGCUGGCAAAAACAGGAUAUUUCUCGUUUUCUUUUCUUUCUUUUUUUCAAUCUCUUUUUACCUUUCUUUCUCUUGCUUCAUGAACUUCUAUAUAGUUUCCUUUACCUCAUCUAUCGCUUUCUUUACUUCGCACUCUCUGUCUAUAUCUCUUCGCUCUCUCUCUCUCUCUCUCUCUUUCUCUCUUGACUUUGAUCUUCCUCUCUUUUCGACAUCGCUUUACCGCGUUGUCUCUAUCUUUACCUCGCUCUAUCUACUUUUCUUUCUCUCUCUCUCUCUCUCUCUCUCUCUCUCUCUCUCUCUGUCUAUCAUCUGUCUAUCAUCCUUCCAUCUUAUCUCUCUUUCUUACCUUCCUCCUUAUCUCUCUUUCUUACCUUCCUCCUUAUCUCUCUUUCUUACCUUCCACCUUAUCUCUCUUUCUUACCUUCCACCUUAUCUCUCUUUCUUACCUUCCACCUUAUCUCUCUUUCUUACCUUCCACCUUAUCUCUCUUUCUAUCUUCUUAUCUAUUGGAUCUUUCCGUUGUCCUGUCUUCCCACCACUAAUUUUUUUUUUGCCAAAUAUCACUCACCUCCAUUUAUCUAGUCUAGUUAGUUUUUCUUACUUUCUCUUUUAUUUAUUUUUUGCUGUGAUAUUAGAAAAAGAGAAACAAGAAAUGAAAGAACACAUCGACGAACUGAUGAUAGAGAUGAAACAACGAGAGAAGAACAUGGGAUGCUCCGAGAAGAUGAGCAAACAAAUGGAGGCUCAACUCUCUGAACUUAACGGUAAGAUCGACGAUCAGUCCAGAUCUAUUAGCGAACUCACCAGCCAGAAAUCUAGACUCCAAACUGAGGCUGCUGAUCUCACUAGGCAACUUGAGGAAGCCGAACACAAUGUCGGUCAAUUGAGCAAACUCAAGUCCAGCUUGAAUAACAAUUUGGAAGACGCCAAACGCAGUCUUGAGGAUGAGGGCAGGCUCCGUGCUAAGCUCCAGGCUGAAGUACGUAAUCUGAAUGCUGACAUCGAUGGAAUCAGGGAGACCCUUGAAGAAGAACAAGAAUCCAAAUCUGAUCUCCAGAGAGCUCUUUCUCGCGCCAAUGCCGAAGUACAACAAUGGAGAUCCAAAUUUGAGAGCGAGGGAACCGCUCGCGCCGACGAAUUGGAAGAUGCCAAACGUAAGCUCCAGGCCAAACUUAGCGAGGCUGAACAGACCGCUGACACACUCCACUCCAAAUGUGCAGCUUUGGAAAAAGCUAAAUCUCGUUUGCAAGGAGAACUCGAAGAUCUCGCUAUUGAUGCUGAGAGGUCCACUGCCCACGCCAACAACUUGGAAAAGAAACAGCGUAACUUUGACAAGGUUGUUUCCGAAUGGCAACACAAAUGCAACGAUCUCCAGGCCGAACUCGAGAAUGCUCAGAAGGAGGCCCGCAGCUACUCAGCCGAACUGUUCCGUGUCAGAGCUCAAUGUGAAGAGGUUGGAGAUACCGUCGAGUCUCUGAGGAGAGAGAACAAGAACCUUGCUGAUGAAAUCCACGAUUUGACAGAUCAGCUCGGAGAAGGAGGUCGUAGCACACACGAGUUGGAGAAAAGCCGUAAACGUCUUCUUUUGGAGAAAGAGGAACUUCAGGCCGCUCUUGAGGAGGCUGAAGCCGCCCUUGAACAGGAAGAAUCUAAGGUUAUGCGCUCAACUCUUGAAAUCUCUCAGAUCCGCCAAGAGAUUGAUAGAAGGUUGCAGGAGAAGGAAGAGGAAUUCGACAACACAAGGCGUAACCACCAACGUGCCAUUGAAUCUAUGCAGGCUAGCUUGGAAGCUGAGGCUAAGGGCAAGGCUGAAGCACUUCGUAUCAAAAAGAAACUUGAGGGAGACAUCAACGAGCUUGAAAUUGCUCUUGACGCCACCAACAGAGGAAAAGCAGAAUUGGAAAAGAACGUCAAAAAAUACCAAGGACAGAUCAGGGAAUUACAGUCACAAGUCGAAGAAGAACAGCGCCAACGUGAUGAGGCUAAGGAACACUACCAGAUGGCUGAAAGGAGGUGCGCCGCCAUUAACGGUGAACUCGAAGAACUCCGCACUAUUCUUGAACAGGCUGAGCGUGCCCGCAAGGCUGCUGAGAAUGAGUUGGCUGAUGCCAGCGACCGCGUCAAUGAAUUACAAGCCCAAGUAUCCACCGCCAACAGCCAGAAGAGGAAACUCGAAGGCGACAUCACAGCUAUGCAAUCCGACUUGGACGAGCUCAACCAUGAACUCAAGGACGCUGAUGACCGUUCCAAGAACGCUCUGGCUGAUGCCACCCGCCUUGCCGAUGAGCUCAGACAAGAACAAGACCAUGGUCUUUCCAUUGAGAAGAUGCGCAAGAGCUUAGAAUCACAAGUUAAGGAACUCCAGGUCCGUCUGGAUGAGUCCGAAUCCGCUGCCCUCAAGGGAGGCAAGAAGAUGAUCCAAAAACUCGAGAGCAGAGUCCGCGAGUUGGAAGCUGAGCUUGACAGCGAACAGAGGCGUCACGCUGAGACUCAGAAGAGCAUGCGUAAGGUUGACCGUCGCCUCAAGGAAUUGUCCUUCCAACAAGAGGAAGACAGGAAGAACUAUGAACGUAUGCAAGAACUCGUAGAUAAACUCCAAAAUAAGAUUAAGACCUACAAGAGGCAGGUUGAAGAAGCUGAGGAAAUUGCCGCCAUUAAUCUCGCCAAGUUCCGUAAAGUACAGCAAGAACUCGAAGAUGCUGAGGAAAGGGCCGAUCAGUCCGAAGGUGCUUUGCAAAAGCUUCGUGCCAAGAACCGUAGCUCUGUAUCCGCCGCUCGUGCCAGUCCCAUGCCCGGUGCCUUUCAUUGUUUCUAUUCCUAUUUUCUUUCUAUUUCUCUUUUUCUCCAUUUUCUUCAUUUCUUUCUUUCUUUAUUUCUUUUUUUUAAUACUCCGUCUUUGGUCCUUUCUCUCUCUUGCUCACCAUUUUGUCUCGUUCUCUCUCUUCUUUUUUCUCGUUUUUACACCCUCUUUGUCUGGAUCACCCUCAAUUUCUAUCCCUUUCUAACUAUGCAUUCAUCCUUUUCGUUUUCCUUUCAUUCUUUCUUUUUUUUUUUUUCAUCCUUUUCGUUUUCCUUUCAUUCUUUCUUUUUUUUUUUUUUCAUCCUUUUCGUUUUCCUUUCAUCCUUUUCGUUUUCCUUUCAUUCUUUCUUUUUUUUUUCAUCCUUUUCGUUUUCCUUUCAUUCUUUCUUUUUUUUUUCAUCCUUUUCGUUUUCCUUUCAUUCUUUCUUUUUUUUUUCAUCCUUUUCGUUUUCCUUUCAUUCUUUCUUUUUUUUUUUUUUCGUUUUCCUUUCAUUCUUUCUUUUUUUUUUUCCUUUUCGUUUUCUUUUCAUUUUUUUUUUUUUUCAUCCUUUUCGUUUUCCUUUCAUUCUUUCUUUUUUUUUUUCAUCCUUUUCGUUUUCCUUUCAUUCUUUCUUUUUUUUUUUCAUCCUUUUCGUUUUCCUUCCAUUCUUUCUUUUUUCUUUGUUUUCACCCUUUUCGUUUUCCUUUCAUUCAUUCUUUCUUUUUUAA